UCCUCAUCCUCUCCCGCUGUCUUUCUCCCCCCCUCCCUCUGCCACUGCUCACCUGUCCGUGUGAGCGGUGUCGGCCUGAGUGGGUGAGAGCGGAAGAGCGGGAGAGCGGAAAAAAUAGAGAGUCCGUGUCCGUUCACUUGUUAACUGGUUGGAAUGGUUGGAAUGGUUGGAAUGGUUGGGCGAUUGCGAAUGGCCAUAGCUGCCGGCGGUCAGAACCGAACCGAACCGCAGUUAUAGUAUCCGAGUAUCCGAAGUUCGAGAGAGAUACCGAUGCCGAUAUCAGUCGUAUUUUGUCACUCGAUCGGUCACCGCGUCGUCCACUUGUCGUCCGCUCGCUGUUCCGUUGGGAGAUCAUCGACAGAUCGAGAGAUCGGUUCGAAGUCGCCAUCGAAAUCCACUGGAUCUGGUGCGGAUGAGGACCAGGAAGAGAGGCGGAGGAAGGAGCCGCAGGGCGUUUGCCAAUUACCGAUUGUCCGGCGCUUUCUUCGCUCGCCUUCGGCGGCCAUGUAAAGGUCACAGGUCAAGAACGGAAAUUAAAGCUACCAAAAAAGAACACGGAGGACGAUAAGUACUGUUUUCGCUCAAGGUCCUUGGCAGCCAGUCCAGAAUGUGAUCGGAGUGAGGGGCCAAACCGCCGGAAAUGCUGAAGCACGCCUCGACGACGAGCAGUGCCGCUGCGACCGCCACCGGUGCCGUGGCGAUAAACCCGCUGUCCACUUUGCUGGGCGGCCAGCUGCUGCGCACCGCCGCCGCCGCCGCCAACAGCAGCAGCGGCCACAUCAAUUGCAAUGGCAACAGCAACAGCAACUGCAACAGCAAUUGCAACGGCAACAGCAACACGAAUAGCAACAGCAAUAGCAAUAGCAAUAGCAGCAGCAACAACCACACUGGAAGCAGUGGCAGUGGCCACAACACACCCCCAGUUGUGGAAACGGAAGUGGGAAUCGCUACCACUGCCACCACCACUGGCAGCAACAGCAACAGCAACACCACCAUCACCAACACCAACACCAACGGUAGCUCACCGACACCAGCAGCAGCAGCAGCAGCAGCAGCAGCAGCGGCAGCAACAGCAGCUGCCGUGGCCAGCACCGCGCGCAACAUCCACCUGCGACCGCCGCAGCCGUUGAACAUAUCCGCCCUGAAUGCCUCCGCUUCGAGCACGCUGCUCAACGAGAACGGCGGUCGCGUGGGCAAUUCCUCCACGCUGCUGAACAUUAUCCCGCCCAGUACGCCGCUUAAGCCGCUGCCACCGCUUACACCGCUUACACCGCUUACACCGCUGACCCCAAUCACCCAGCUGACCCCCAACGGACACUUUCUGGGCAAUGGGAGCGUGCACCACCACACCUAUACGAAUCAGCACAUCCUGGCCAGCAAUGGUGGCCACCAGCAGCAGCAUCAGCAGCAGCAGCAACAGCACCAACAGCAGCAACAUCUGCCACAGCAACAGCAGCAACAUCAUGGGCAAACGCAACAACCAGGACAGACGCAGACGCACAACCUCAGCCAGGUGCCGCUCAACAACUACAGGAACUACGGCCACCUGACCGCCAAUCCUGUGCGCCACAAGCUGCCCAAGUCGGGACCCUCGCCCCGCGAGGCACUCACCAGCCUGGGACUCCUCUGCCUGAUUUCGCUGCUUCUGGCGCUGCUGUCGCUCAUCUUCCUGCUGAGAAUCUCGCCCAAUGGACGCGAGGACGCCAUGGGUCGGGGCGCCAGCGGCGAGGACUUCAUCGUGGUGUACGACGUCACUUUGGCUCUGGGGGCACUCUCCCUGUCGCUGAACCUGUGCUGCCUGCUGGUCUGCGCCAUCCAGUUCCUGUUCGCCGUGAAGCUGCGCGAGCCGGCCUUCGAGGGCAGGGAGAACCAGUACCUGGCCAAGUCCAGUGCCAGCCGCACCUGCGCCGUCAGCGGCUUCUUCAUCUCCAUACCGGUCUUCCUCACCGGCCUCAUUCUGUACACCUUCAGCCACUUCCACUCGACGCCGGCGAUCGUCACCAGCCUGCUGAUUGGCGUUGGCAUCGUCUUCUGCGGCGGCGCCAUGGUGCACAACGUCUUUGUGUGGCAGCGCGAGAAGACCAUCAGCUAUAGGGGUGCUCCGCCGGGACUGUCGCACAAUUUGUCGGUGAUAUCGGGUGCCCAACUGCCGGUGCCGCUGCAGCUGCCCGUGGCAAUGCCCCUGCCCCUGGCCAUGGCGCCAGGUCCUCCGUUCCACGGAUACCAGGGCCACCAGGUGGUGCCCAACUUGGUGCCGCCCUCCGUGACGGCAGUGUCGCCCAAUCACUCGCACGGCAGCUUCAAUCCGCUGCUCAGCAGCAAUCUGCUCAACGGCGGUGCAGGCGGAGGUUGUUGCGGUGGUGGAGGAGGCGGAGGAGGAGGAGGAGGAGGAGGAGCUAUGGGGGCCAUUAACUCGUCGUUCCUGGUGCGUCCUGCCACGGCCACGCCGCCCACGCCCACGCCCAGGAUCCUGACGGCUGGACGAGAGGCCAGCGGAUCAGUGAGUCCCGGCAUUCCGCCCACGCUGGACAUGAGCAACAUGUCCGUCCUGCUGCACGAGCUCUCCACGCUCGUCUAGACCCGGAGUCCCAGUCCAAAUCCAAACCCCUAAUCUGAAGUAGACUUAGCACAUAGACUUACAAAUGGACGAUAUCCACCGCCCACAUCCACAUCUUGCCGAAUCGUAGAUUUAAGAAACGCCUCUUGUAAAUAUCUGUACAUAUGCAUUCGAGCUAUCGAACAAAUAGCAUCAACAGUGAUGCUACUUACUUACAGAAGUAAAAGUAACACACACAACUGCAAA